AUGUCAGGUUCACAAAAUCGCAAAUCUUCGGAUAAAAUAUUCAAAUCUGAAUCUAUUUCAAGUUUAACAAAACCACAAUUAUUUUCAUUAUAUGAUGAAGACAUUACAAAUCCUACUGAAUCUAAUUCAUUAUAUCAAAUUAUCAAUGAUACAAAAUUAAAAAAUACACAAACGGAAUCACCAUUACAUAGCGAUAAUAGUACAUUAUUUCAAAAAUUGAUCCAUUUCAUUUUCAGUGUAUUUGUCUUGGGUGUAUCAGGUAUUGUAUAUUUAGAGAUAUCCCAAAAUUUACAUGAUAAUCAUCAAUUACAUUCAAGUUUUACUUCAAAACCUGUAAUUGUAAUUAAUAAAAUAAUUAAAUGGAUAUUUGCAGAUAAUAUUCCAACUAUAUUAAAACAUGAAUGGAUAAUAUAUUCAAUUGAAGGAAUACUCUUCGGAUCAGUAAUACCAAUCUUAGAUUUAAUUUUUUUACAAAAGAGUCAAGCACAAUUAAAGAAUGGUGAUUCAUCAUUAUUUGGAAUUUUGAGAAUUGUUAAUGCAAUGCUAGGUGUUGCAUUUGGUAUUCGUAAAUUAGAUUGGUCAUCAUCAUUACAAGCUUCAAGUGUUUGGGGUUUAUUAAACAUAAUAAUGUGGUUAUUCUUUGAUGGUACAAAAUCAUUAUUAAUGGAAUCAUUAUUAGCGAGCUUAGGUGUUACAAUAAGUUGUUUACAAGAAUUUCAAAAUAUUAAUUACCAAAAUUGGGAAAUUUCUCAAUUUUUAUAUUUUGAAGAUUUUUAUUUCUUAGGCUUUUUAAUCUUUGGUAAACUUGGUAGAUAUUUAUUUUUUUGA